AUGGAGAAUACUGCGGAGAAACCAAGCGACAACAAGGCCACCAUCGUCAAGAACACGGCUCAGCUCUCCAAGAUCCCACGUCAUAUCAGUUAUCCACUCAAGGAGGAGCAAGAGGAGGAACUACAACAGGCAAAUGCGGAGAACACUGCGGAGAAAUCAAGCGGCAACAAGGCCACCAUCGUCAAGAACACGGCUCAGCUCUCCAAGAUCCCACGUCAUAUGCUCUCCACGGUUCCACAUCAAAUCAUCACUCAGCAAGCGGAGAACACCACUGCAACUUGGCCUGUCAUCCCCACUGCAUUGAUAUAG